AUGGGUAGGUCGACUUUGCACAUUUCGCAUACCGGCACUUCUCUAGCCGGUGACCUUGGUGGAUGGGUCGCCCUACUGCAGUUCUGGGCGUGGGAGCGAUUCCCACAGCUGGCACCUCGAGAUUCAGAGACGAGGGCACAUGCCACCGAGGAUGCACAUCCACGUGGUCUUCGAUGGCUUUCGGCCAGCAGUCGUCAGUAUGGUGACCAGCUAUUCCAGUACAAGCUGUGGUUUGACGCGAUGGACACCGUGGUGGUUAGUAUAUAA